CAUCACCCUGUGCUUCCGUAUUUAUGGUCGACUGCAGCGCAAGCGGGCACAUUGCAGCUUGUACUUCUGUUUUCGGCUCGUUCGCUGGUUAAUCUGAUUAGACGUAAAUCGACUGGCAUUUUUCUACUCCUUUUAUUCGACUCAGUAUGUCACAGUGGUACCAACUACAACAGCUAGACUCCAAAUUCCUGGAGCAAGUUGACCAGCUGUAUGAUGACAACUUUCCAAUGGAGAUCAGGCAAUAUCUUGCCCAGUGGCUAGAGGCAAAAGAUUGGGAGCAUGCUGCCACCAAUGACUCACUGGCCACAGUGCUGUUCCAUGAGCUGUUGACGCAGUUGGAUGACCAAUACAGCAGAUUUGCCUUGGAGAAUAAUUUUCUGCUUCAGCACAACAUUAGAAAAGUAAAACGUAAUCUUCAGGUCUUCUUCCAAGAAGAACCCAUUCUUAUGGCACUUACCAUAUUAAACAGUCUGAAUGAAGAAAAGAAAAUCCUAGAAAAUGCUCUAAAAGAUGAAAAGAAUCAUGUUGGUCCUCUCCAAAAUGGCGUAAUUCUGGACAAGCAGAAGCAGCUAGAUCUAAAAGUGAAGGCUGUAAAAAGCAGUGUUCAGGAGAUUGAACAAGAAAUAAAAUCUCUUGAGGACCUUCAGGAUGAAUUUGACUUCCGAUCAAAAACAUUGCACAGUCGAGAGCAUGAAGUGAAUGGCUUGGCUCAAAAUGAGAUUAAACAAGAAAAGCUCCAUCUUCAUAAUAUGAUGCUGAAGCUGGAUAUGAAACGAAAGGAAGUAAUCAAUGAAACUGCCUGCUUGUUGAAUGAAGUGGAACAAAUUGAAGGUCUUCUGAUCAAUGAGGAGUUGGUGGAAUGGAAACGGAGACAGCAAAUUGCAUGCAUUGGAGGACCUCCAAAUACCUGUCUUGACCAGCUACAGCACUGGUUUACAUUGCUGGCUGAAAGUUUGCAGCAAGUUCGGCAACAAUUAAAGAAACUGGAAGAAUUGGAGCAGAAAUAUUCAUACGAAGAUGAUCCUAUUACUCAAAAAAAGCAGUUCUUGGAGGAAAGAUACAAUACUUUGUUCAUCACUCUUAUUAAAAGCUCUUUUGUAGUGGAGAGACAACCUUGCAUGCCAACCCACCCACAGAGACCCAUGGUUUUAAAAACUGGUGUACAAUUCACUGUUAAGUUAAGGCUGUUGGUAAGACUGCCAGAGUUAAACUAUCAGCUGCGUGUAAAGGCAUCAUUUGACAAGGAUGUCACUGAAAAGAUUGCUGUAAAAGGUUUUAGGAAAUUCAACAUACUGGGAACCAACACAAAAGUGAUGAACAUGGAAGAGUCGACAAAUGGAAGCUUGGCUGCAGAAUUCCGGCAUUUGCAACUAAAGGAACAGAAAAACACAGGCAGCAGAACAACAGAAGGACCUUUUAUUGUAACUGAGGAACUUCACUCAAUCAGCUUUGAGACACAGUUCUGUCACCAGAAUGUGCCAAUUGAUCUAGAGACAACAUCGUUGCCUUUGGUGGUGAUAUCCAAUGUGAGCCAACUUCCCAAUGGCUGGGCCUCUAUCUUAUGGUAUAACAUGCUUGUCAGUGAGUCUAAGACCUUGGGUUUUUUCUCCAACCCCCCAGCUGCCACGUGGAAUCAGCUCUCUGAGGUACUAAGUUGGCAGUUCUCUUCUGUCACUAAAAGGGGGCUUAACGUUGAUCAGCUCAACAUGCUUGGAGAGAAGUUGCUAGGUUCAAUUAAUUGUUUCAAUGAGAAUUCAAUUCCAUGGUCAAGAUUCUGCAAGGAGAAUAUCAAUGAAAAGCCUUUCUCAUUUUGGCUCUGGAUUGAAGGCAUUUUGGAAUUGAUUAAAAAGCAUCUUCUGCCUCUUUGGAAUGAUGGAUGCAUCAUGGGGUUUGUGAGUAAGGAAACUGAACGGGCUUUGUUAAAGGAUAUGUCGCCAGGUACAUUUUUACUGAGGUUCAGUGAGAGCAGCAGAGAAGGUGCCAUCACUUUUACCUGGGUGGAAACAUCACCAAACGCUGAGCCUCAGUUUCACUCUGUCGAGCCAUACACCAAGCAUCAACUGUCAGCUGUUACCUUCCCCGAUAUCAUUCGCAAUUACAAAGUAAUGGCAGCUGAGAACAUUCCUGAAAACCCAUUGAAGUAUUUGUAUCCUGAGAUCCCCAAAGACCAAGCAUUUGGAAAGUAUUACUCCAGGCCAAAAGAUCCUUCAGAGCCUAUGGAUGUGGAUGAUGCCAAGACAAGUGGUUAUAUAAAGACUGAACUGAUCUCUGUCUCCGAAGUUCAUCCUUCCAGACUGCAGACAACAGAAAACCUUCUACCUAUGUCCGUGGAGGAUUUUGGUGAAUUGACACGACACUUAAGUUCUUCAGAUAUUGAUUCAGUGUUGUGUACAGCCUACCCAAGUUAGCCAAGAGAACACUUCGCACCAAUGGAUCUAUGAUUAUGGCAUGAUUUGGUGCUUGCUACACAAGCACAAAUUUCUUACUGCGAUGUAAAGUGGCAUUUUUCAGCAAAAAAGGAAAGCUACUGUCGAACCUGUUUGUAAUGUUUUAGUUACAUUCCUAGAAAAUUAUAUUUCUGUUUGAGCUGUAUAUGAACAGUAAAUUUGUAAUGCUAAAUGAAAUGUAUGAAUUUCUUCCAUGAUGUUAAUAUAAGCUUUCAUUUUAAAGAUGUCUCAUGUUCAUUGACUGAACUCUGUUCUCUUACCUUGUCUUUCUGCUCUGUCUCCACACUACUUUGUUUCAUCUCACAAGAUCACCUCCCUUGUUCAAGUAAUGGGUGUAUGUUAGUCCAAACCUCCGACAAGAUGCAUGCUUAAGGUUUUUUUUUGUGUGGAAUUCAAUGCCAGGCACUUCGCUUAAUAAGCUAGUUUUUUGAAACUUACUUUCUAAUAGUGGAACUCUGCUUAACUGAGAUUCAAAUGUAAUCAGAGCCAAAACUGCUGCUGUGAAUCCCACAGACACAGCUUCUACUCUCUAGCUCCCAUCAUAUUUGAGACACAUUUGUACGUGAAACUCAUUUCAUUUGCUGACUAAAUGCCUGUGGGCUGCUGUACUUCAAAUUUCUCAGUGUAAUUUGGAUGUCCCUCCCCACACAGAAGCAGAAAGGUACAAGUCCUUAAGCCAUAAAGAAUAGGAGUAGCAGAGCAAGGUCUGUUCCAGUUUUCUUCUCAUCCUGUGUUUUGCUGCCAAGUAGCAAUGAUGUCAAAGAGGAUUCUCCUGCUGCUUAGCCAUGCUGUGUCAUAUUUUGGACUAACAUCAGGGUCUGAGGUGAUUUGAAUGAAGCAAUGCAAAAUGUCAAGAUCAACUCUCAUCAUUGCUGUUUUCCCUGAUAAACUGCAGAUGCUUGCAGACUUAACUGAAAUAAAGUACUUAAAGUGUUCUACAAAUGAGGCAGCAGUUGUAGGCUACAGGGAUUCUUAACAUUGAUUCCAGGGAUUUGUAGUUUGGAAUGUGGUAAAAUGCAUAGGAUUCAGGAGUGGAUUCACCAACGGGAUAGUGACAGGUCAUUUCCUUGCGCUAAAAGAGGGUCCAUGUAAGGCAGUGGUUCCCAACCUGGGAUCCGCAGACCCCUUGGUUAAUAGUAAAGUUCCAUAGCAUUUAAAAAGGUGGUAAAUCCCUGAUCAGGGCAAGUCCAGAUCAGGUUAACGGAAAUGUGUUUCAUUACAGGGAUGUAAGGGAAAGCUGUGGAUGGUCAGUCGUUAAAUUUAUUCAAGAGGGAGAAUAACUGAUUUCAUUACCCUCAAAGGAAUUAAAGGAUAUGGGGAUCAGAAUAAAAAUCAGAUUUCAGUAAGGCAUGAUCCGAUAGAGAGCAGUUGAGAAAAACUAGGGGCCUUUGUGCCUCUCUCUCGAAGCCUCAACAACUUCCAAAAACUGAUUCCUGCAAAUCUGAAUAUGCACUCAUUUACUUUCCAGCUAUGUCUUCAGCCAUAGCACUGAAGAAAUUAAUUUCCUCCCCAAUCCUCUCUUGCAGUCACUUCUUGACAAAGCAUAGAACCAGUUGUUUGGUUCCCUUUCACCACAUAAACUAACAAAAUACAGUGAGACAAUGUGCUUUGUAAAUUGCUGAUUUCCAGAUUUCUCUCCAUUGUAAAUAUUGUGUUUUGAAGUAGUGCAAGCAUACUCUUACUUGAAGACGAUUACUAUUGUAAACUGAUGACAUGAAUUAACUGCCUUAUGUUUCCAAGGUGAUGUAAUAGGUCAUACUUUCCGAAGGCCUGAGGCUCUGGCAGAACUUCCAGGAUCAUGGGAUUUCUCAAAGUAUGAUCGGACAAAUAACUAGCAGUAAUAAGUGGACUCAAAAUGCAAGUUGUUUUUGAUGAAUCACCCACAUAAUUGAUGGACUUCCUUGUGCCUUCAAUAGGUGAGAGCAGCUGAAAAAUGUCAUCAUCACCUGUUUGAUUAUGAGACAGUGCUUCAUAAAAAAAUUUCAACUGCUUGGCAGUCAUAUAUUCAAUAAACCAGUUAAUAAAGCAUACUUAAUAUUA